UGUGGUCAUUAUCUCUAUUUGAACAGAUUCAAGUUGAAGAACAUUGAGGAGACCGAGGCUGCGAAAAAGCUUUUGCAGGAAAAGAGAUUUGUGGGUCGUUCAAAAUCCGAGUUUAGCAUCCCAUCUAGUUAUAGUGCCGAUUACUUCCACCGUGGCAGGGAUUAUGCUGAAAAACUUAGAAGAGAACAUCCUGAGCUGUACAAGAAUAGAAAUUUGCAAGAUGAUGGUUCAGGCUCCAAACCAACUGAUAGUGGCACAGAGGCUGCAGGACAAAGACAGGCUGCAACCGAUGAGUUCAUGCUAGAACGCUUCCGGAAACGUGAGCGCCAUCGUGUGAUGCGGAGAUAACACAACCUAUCAGGCUGCUAUUUCUCCGCAAUUCGAGGUAACGUUCUCAAAAGCAUCACGGGGUCAUCUCAGGACCUCGGGUUAUAGAGAACAACGAAUUAGAUCGUCGAUUGAUUUGUCAUUCAUAGUUUAUCGUGGUAAAGUCUGC